CUCCCUCCACACGAACUCCCGCUCCCAGGACCGAGAGCAUUCCUCCCGUGUGGGAUCAAUGCCCUCAAAAUAGAGACAACUUCACCCACAGUCUUCCAGUCUUCGCAAUACCUUCAUCGCAGUCGCCGCAUCUUCGCGAUUCAAACACUAUAACACUAAAAGUCCUGCGACAACCACCUGCGUCAUAGUUUCUGCCUACCUAUUCAAUACUCUGGUUCACUACAUUCGCGCCUAGCCAUCCAGGAUUCCCUGAACAGACGACCAGCGCGAUUGCAAAACCAAUCUUGACGCUCUCUCCUGGGGCAUUUGCGGCAGCUUCACAUUCGCUCAUUGCGCUGGAUCGUCUUCUUUCCAGGUGCAUCAUGAGUAAUCAAAGCCCCACGCACAGUUCGACGACAAACAACUCAGCACCAAGCACCCCCGUACCUAAACACGCAUCCCUUCCAGAUCACCUCUCCUCUCCAAGUCCGGCAGCCGCGAUUUCAGGAUUGCAAUCAGCUCGAGUAGAGCAAGCCAAGCACGCUCCUUCUCACCCUAACUCUUCCUCCAUGACGCCGCCACCAUCUUCUCAGAUUCCCCACACGGGAGCAUCGACGGCAAGUCCUGAGCCUCGCGCUGCAACGCCUGCCAUGUCUCUUCUCUCUUCUCCACCUAUGACCGCCAAGCUUGGCCCCAAUCUCAGCAACCUAUCCACGCAACCCGUUCCUACACCUGAGCAGAUAGCAGUGGCAUCCACGGCCGAGCUUCGCUCAAUGGUCAAUGACUUGAGUUGUAAUGUCCGAGAAGCGCGCAUGUCCGAAGCGCACUACAAGCUUCAACACAGCCUCCUUUCCAUUGAGACAUCUGAAGCCGCAAAGCGCAUGGCAGUUGAGCACGAGAUGACUCGACGUGAAAUGGAUGUCCUCCAGGAACAGCAACGCCAAGCUAGCCUUCACCCGCCAUUAGAGCCGCACAGGGAAGCUGAGAUUCCGCCCCGAUCACAGCGGGAGGUUGAGCUUGAAGCGCAAUGUAAUCUGUUGCGAGCCGAGAAUGAUGCGUUGAAAAAGAGAUUACGCCAUUCGAAGAAGUUGCUUUUGGUGAAAGAGGAUGAGCAGGCUUUUCUUUUGGAGGAGAAUGAGCGUUUACGCAACCGCAUCCGGGAGAACCGUGCACAUCUUAAUCAGCUCCGUGGUCCCGGCGGUCUGUAUGAAUCUGCUCCGUCACACCCAGGCUAUGAAUCACCUCGUCAUGGUUCACCUCAUCACGGUGAGAGUGGUCGUCCCACUCAUGCCCCUAGCAAUCGCGUCCCAGGUGAAGAAGCAGCCAACUUUGCUGCCUUGCUCUUAGCCGAUCAAGUUCUCAGCCAGGAAAACGCAAGCGCACCAACAAGUCCAACACGGAGUCGGCCUUCGAAGCAAAAUCCACCCGGCCAGUCACGCGGUACACAUUCAGUUUCUUCUCUUCCUGUCACCCCGCGACAUAGCCGCAUGUCUGUGGGUAAAGCUGGCUAUGCCGAGACUGGUCCUGCUCUAUCAGCAAACGAUCGCAGACAUGAGUCCAACCAACAUCGCAGACGAGAGAGUCGGGACAGCACGAUUUCUGCUUCUGACAUGAGUGACGAUGGCCAGGACGCCUAUGGUGCCGAGGAAAAGCCUAGCCACGAUCCAGCGAAGAUGCCCCACACUUCACUUGGGCAUAGAGCGGAGGCACUUGGCGUUCCCCCUCCCUCAAACCGUCAACCAGGCUUGAUGCAAACCAAACUAUUCGGCCAAGUGAGAAAACCUGGCGUUGAAAGAAGGCUGACUCACUCCAAGCGGAAGAUUGAUGACAACCAUCAUGAAUACGACGAGGAAGCAGCAAAAAGAAGACGGACCGAAGGCGUAGGUUUGGGCAUCGGUGGCUGGAGCCAUUCCAGGCAUUGAUAACAACUAACAUCCCAAGCCCUCAUUCGAGGUUUUUUGCUUCUUAGCGCGCACAGACUCCUCACGCGUAGCCCGUCGGCAUUAUCCGUAACUCUUGCUGCUUUAUCGCAUUGCUGAUGCAUUUCAUGAUAAAGGAUGGGGGCGUUUUAUAUUGCGUUUGGUGAUAUUUCGAAGCGGUGUCCAUUUCCCGAAGGUCUUUUCAUAUCAUCUAUUUUUACGGGCGAGACCUGAUAGCCUGCUUUUCAGCGAUUUGGUUACGAAGUUACGAAAUAUUCAAUGGAAUUUGCAGAUUUGUUCACAGCAUAAAAUAUUGACAUUGCUCGUUUCAUGUUGCCAGCAAUUCUCAUGCAAAUGCUUUGUCGAUUCGUCUUUCAUUCCAUGGCACAUACGGUGCUUAGC